CUUCCUCCCUUCCCGGCAGCCCUGCUGAUCGCUGUCAGCGCCGCGGUGGAUAAGAUCAUCGCCCACUUCAGCACCGCACGGAACCUGGUGCAGAAGGCGCAGUUGGGCGACAGCCGGCUCAGCCCCGACGUGGGGUACCUGCUGCUGCACACCCUCUGCCCCGCGCUCCACACUGUGGUGGAGGACGGGCUGAAGCCGUUCCAGAAGGAUGUUAUCACAGGGCAAAGGAGAAAUUCCCCUUGGAGCGUGGUGGAAGCCUCUGUGAAGACAGGUCCCAGCGCCUGCUCCCUGCACUCCCUGUGCUGGCACGUGGCCGGGCUGGCCCCUCUCGGCAGCACCAGGCAGAAGUUUCACGCCUUCAUCCUCGGCCUUUUGAACCUUAAGCAGCUGGAGCUGUGGAUCUCUCACCUGCAGAAGAGCCCAGGUGUGAUCUCCAUGCUGUAUUCACCCACGGCCUUCUUUGCCCUGAGCCAAGGGCCUCUCCCCCACCUCGCUGACGAACUGCUGCUGCUCAUCCAGCCCCUCUCGGUGCUGACGUUCCACCUCGACCUGCUCUUCGAGCACCACCACCUCUCCGUGGACGGCAGCCUGCGGUCCCCGUCGCCGGCCACCGUGGGGGCUGCCCUGCAGCAGACCCUCUGGCACGUGCGGCAGUGGGGUGACCAGCUCAGCC